GUAUGCUGUGCUGCUGGGUGUCCAUGGCCCGCACCCCCAAGCUGCCACUGCUGCAGUCGGAGUGGCAGCCGGAGGCUCGGUCCAUGCAGUGCCUUCUGGACAGUGUUGGUGAGGCAGAGCAAGAGACCUCUGCAUCUUGACACCUAGGAGAUCAGGGAAGGAGUCUCACCUCGGGGAGGACCAUGUUGCGCCGCAAGCCCUCUAAUGCCAGCGAGAAGGAACCCACUCAGAAGAAAAAGCUUUCCCUUCAGCGCUCCAGCAGCUUCAAGGAUUUUGCCAAAUCCAAGCCCAGCUCCCCUGUGGUGAGCGAGAAGGAAUUUAAUCUGGAAGAUAAUAUUCCAGAAGAUGACUCCGGUGUCCCCAUCCCAGAGGAUGCUGGGAAGAGUGGCAAAAAGCUGGGGAAGAAGUGGAGGGCAGUGAUUUCCCGAACCAUGAACAGGAAGAUGGGCAAGAUGAUGGUGAAGGCCUUGUCAGAGGAGAUGGGAGACACGCUGGAAGAGGGCUCAGCCUCCCCUACAUCUCCAGACUGCAUCCUGGACAGUCCUGGCCCUGAGAAGAUGGCUCUGGCCUUUUCUGAGCAGGAAGAACGUGAACUCCCAGUGCUCAGCCGCCAGACAUCAACGAGCAGUGAGCUCUACAGCCCCAGCCCUGGCUCUGGCAGCUUCGGGGAGGAACCAUCUGCUUCCCAGUACACAGGGCCCUUCUGUGGUCGGGCACGAGUCCACACCGACUUCACUCCCAGCCCCUAUGACCACGACUCACUGAAACUGCAGAAAGGAGAUGUGAUCCAGAUCAUUGAAAAACCACCUGUGGGCACAUGGCUGGGCCUGCUCAAUGGCAAGCUGGGCUCUUUCAAAUUCAUCUACGUGGAUGUACUGCCAGAGGAGGCUGUGGGGCCUGCCCGCCCCAGCCGCCGACAGAGCAAGGGCAAGAGGCCCAAGCCUAAGACUCUGCACGAGCUGCUGGAGCGCAUUGGCCUGGAGGAGCACACAUCCACCCUGCUGCUCAAUGGCUACCAGACACUGGAGGACUUCAAGGAGCUGCGGGAGACACACCUCAAUGAGCUGAACAUCAUGGACCCACAGCACCGGGCCAAGCUGCUCACAGCUGCAGAGUUGCUGUUGGACUAUGACACUGGCAGCGAGGAGGCAGAAGAGGGCGCUGAGAGCAGCCAGGAACCAGGGGUGCAUACAGUGUCAGAACCCAAGGUGGAUAUCCCACGGGACUCUGGCUGCUUUGAGGGCUCAGAGAGUGGGCGCGAUGAGGCAGAGCUGGCAGGCACUGAGGAACAGCUGCACAGCCUCUCCCUCACUGGGGCACCUUGAAGUGGAGGUGGCACAGGCCAAGGCUGGGCCUGAGCUGCAAAGGCCACAGAGAUGGACCCAGCCUCCUAUAUGGCCUGGGCCCAGAGGACUGGUGCCCAGCCUGGACCUGCUUCCCCAGUCAAAGGCCUGGCCAGGACGCUACAGGAUAAAUUGGAGUGGAUAUGGAGCUGCCUAGAGGCAAAUCCCUUCUGCCAGCCUCCCUCCCUCCGCCAGCGACUGACAGCACAGCCCCUCCUGGUACCACCCACCAUCAACAGCAAACAGGGCACUAAGGGACCUGCCAAUGUCCCUAACCACCAAGGCCCCUAAACCCGCCUCAUCUGCACACCAUCCAUCUUUGUUACGCUGCUCCUAAAAAGGGCACCAAGUCAGAGUUUCAGAAGUCUCAAACUCCUAGAGAAGUUGACUGUUUCAAAGGAUUCUAGUUGAUCACAGAUGAAUCCAGAGGUUCCUAAAUAAGUUUUGAAGAAAGCUGCAAGUAUCAUUUCUACUUCCCUUCUCCCUAACCUUCAUAGAGGUUUGGCGGCUAAAUCAGUAUGAGUCUUUUUUAUUUGUUCUACUAUCUACAUGAUAGUAGAAUGUAUUUGGACAUAUAUGGAGUAUAACUUCUCAUUCUUCUGGUUGUACAUGAUGAAGAAUUACAUUGAUUGUGUAAUCAUAU